AUGGCUGUACUAUUGAUAAUCAUUAUUAUUGCUGUCUGUAGCAUCUUAGGAUGGAUCAUUCACUUGCUUCAAAACAAAACCAAACAAUCGAUUAUUAUAUUGACUGGUGAUAAGGCACAUGACAUACUAAAAUCAAGUGAUUACAGUCGACACAAACCUAAUGAAUGGCUUAUAGAUACUUUGUCUAUUGUAAAUCCAUUUACCAUUAAUGAUGAAUCACUGUUGAACACAUUUAAAAAUAAAGUCAUUAAAACAUUAGCAAGUUGGAAUGAUGAAAAACAGUAUGAAAAACUUGUUUCAACAAUUGAAAAUCGAAUUAAAUAUCGACUUUUAUUAUUAAAAUUACAUAAUUCGAAGUUUUGUUUAUCAAAAUUAGCCAAACAAGUUACAUUAGACUCAUUUCUGUUGAGUAUUCUUAAUGUCAAUGCUAACGAAGAACUUCUUACAGAAUUACCUGACUUAAUUAUUCAUUUGUGGAAAAAUCGUCAUGAUAAAAAUGCUCAAAAUCGUUUACAACAAUUACUUGUAGCCAAUAAAUAUCAAUUUUCUCAAUCGGAUAUUUGGCAACAAAUUCAAACUAUAUUAUCUAAUCAUUCAAAUAUUAUUUCAAAAAUAGCAAUAAAUGAUUUUGAUGAAAAAAUUUCUAAUCCAUUGAAUAUUAUCAUUCCCGGAUGGGAAACCAUGUGGCGGGUUGUAUUUUAUUCAUUACUUGAACUACUUCGUCAACCAAAAUUACUUAGUGAACUACGUUUACAAUUAAAUAAUCAUUCGAAAUCUUAUCGAAAUUGUCUUUUACUGAAAUGGAUUCUAAAAGAAACAUUACGAUUAUAUCCACCAACUAAAAAUAUCUAUCGAACAAAUGUGAAAACCGGUCAAAAUGUAUGCAUUAGUGUUCUAAAGAUUCAUCGUGAUAAAAAUGUAUGGGGUUUUGAUGCACUUGAUUUUAAUCCUUAUCGUUUUAACAAAGAACUAACUGCUCAACAAGAAAAAUCUUAUUUACCAUUUUCAAUAUCUUGUCCAGCUCGAUUUAGUUUUGCUUAUACAUUUGCAGGUGCAAUCGUAGCUGAAAUCCUUAAAUAUUGUUCUACUUUUAAUGUUGCUGAAGAAUCAACACCAUUACCUAGCGAUCAGUUAUUAGACUUAGCCCGUAAUUCAUAUAACGAUUUGCUUACAAUCAUGUAA